CUCUUUUUUUUUUCGAAUCUUUGUUACUGGAAGAAAAAAAAAGAACCAAAAAUGUUGCUUACAAUAUUAAAAUCACUCCUCGUGAUAUUCGUGACCUUAGUAUUGAGAGUUUUAUACGACACCAUAUCGUGUUACUGGCUAACACCUAGGCGAAUCAAGAAGAUCAUGGAACGACAAGGCGUAACCGGUCCUAAACCGCGUCCGUUAACCGGAAACAUCCUUGAAAUCUCGGCCAUGGUUUCACAAUCCGCUUCCAAGGAUUGUGACUCUAUUCACCAUGACAUCGUCGGCCGUCUUCUCCCGCAUUACGUUGCUUGGUCCAAACAGUACGGGAAGAGAUUUGUUGUGUGGAAUGGGACGGAUCCUCGUCUUUGCUUAACGGAAACAGAAUUGAUAAAGGAGUUGCUGAUGAAACACAACGGUGUAAGUGGACGAUCGUGGCUACAGCAACAAGGGACUAAGAACUUUAUCGGUCGGGGUCUCCUUAUGGCUAAUGGUCAAGAUUGGCAUCAUCAACGCCACCUUGCUGCACCGGCAUUUACUAGUGAACGACUCAAGGCACGUCAAUAA